AGCCCUCCCAGCCGGGUCGGAGGGUGCAGGAUGGCGGCGUCGACCCGCUGGGUGCUGUGCCUGUGCCUGGGCUGGGGCUGCCUGUGCCUGGCGCGGGGAGACGCGCCGAAGGCUCGGUGGGCCGGGCUGCGGCGGCGACCGGCCCCGGGAGGGGUGAGGGGCGGCCGGGCCAGAGCCGCGGCAGGUGACUACGGGCCGGGGGAGCGGGAGAGGCUGCAGCCGGGGGACAAGGUCUCGGAGCACAUGCUGCGGCUUUACGACCAGUACAGCGGGGGGCGGGCGGCGGCGCGGCGGCCGCAGGACCCGCCGGGGCUGCCCGGGCUGCACCUCCGCCAAAGCAACACGGUGCGCGGCUUCCGCCCGCUGGCUGCAGGGAGCUCUGACAGACAGGAGAUGUACAUUUUUAACUUGACGUCACUCACCAAGUCUGAAAACGUCUUGUCAGCUUCAGUCUAUUAUUAUAUUGGUGAUCUGCUGCGUGCUAGAUGGAACUGUUCCCAAUCCAGAAGCUGUUCUCGUCACGGGCACGGGAAACCUGAAAUUCAGAUACAUCUUUCAGUUUGGACCUUUCCUUUGGUUGGGAACCAGAGUCGGAGCCUUGGACAUUUCCUAAUAAAUGUCUCCACUGCUUACCGGGAUGUCCUUUCCUGGCAGUGGAAGGAUAUCACUCAGCUCCUGCAUGAAGCUAAACAAAACAAUGAACUUCUGAUCAGUGUCAAAAUGGAUCUGACCAGCCAUCACCCCUGGAAAAGGGCACUUUCUCGCUAUGAACCCUACAUUCUGAUUUAUGCCAAUGAUUCUGCUAUUUCAGAGCCAGAGAGCGUUGUCUCUAGUUUGCAAGGGCACCGUCAUCCUCUGGCAAGGGUCUUUCCCAGGCCAGAAAACCAUGUGAGGAGCAGCCUUGGGAAGCGGCGGCGAAAACGCUCCGCAAACAUCCUGUUGCCGUUACAGAAUAAUGAGCUUCCAGGAGCCGAGUACCAGUACAAUGAGAAUGAGAGAUGGGAAGACAGAAAACCCUACAAAACCUUCCAGCCACGUUUAGCAGAGAGGGCAAAGAGCAAGAAGAAGCCUAGGAAGAAUCAUCACCAGAAGAGCCAGACUCUCCAGUUUGAUGAGCAAACACUGAAGAAGGCGAGGAGGAAGCAGUGGAAUGAGCCAAGGUAUUGCGCCCGGCGCUAUCUCAAGGUGGAUUUUGCAGACAUUGGCUGGAGCGAGUGGAUUAUUUCCCCUAAAUCCUUCGACGCCUAUUAUUGCUCAGGGGAAUGCCAAUUCCCAAUUCCAAAGGCCUUGAAACCAUCCAACCAUGCCACCAUCCAAAGCAUAGUGAGAGCUGUCGGGGUCGUCCCAGGCAUUCCUGAGCCUUGCUGUGUUCCUGACAAAAUGUCUUCUCUUAGUAUCUUAUUCUUCGACGAAAAUAAAAAUGUGGUUCUUAAAGUGUACCCCAACAUGACAGUGGAAUCCUGUGCGUGCAGAUAACAUCUCGGGAGACCCUUUUGAAAUGCUGAGGUGAUCACUUGCUAUUCUGGGGGAGGGCAGGGGGGUGGGGCAGAGCGGAGGGGUGUUUCAUGAUAUCUACUUUUUGUUUGCACUGCCAACGCGUUUUCUUUGGACAAAAAAAAAAAGAAAAAAAUGUCAACAAAUCCAAACAAUGAGGAUGGAAAUGGAAUGGAUUUUGAAUAGCAGUUCCAAAUAAAAAGAAUACAAACUUCAUUCGUCUCUGAAUUUGACCAAGACGCGAGUCUUGGCAAUGGGGACUGGCUGUUGCUGUUGAAAUCAAGAGAUGAGAGAAGAAUUUUCAUAAGACUCUUCAAGAUUGUUGAGACUGCCAGAAGGACAUUCUGAUCUAUUUUUGUACCAGAUUUUGGAAGCAGCAGUAGCUGUUAAUUUUUGUCUCUGUUCUUAUGGUGACUAAUGGGUAGGGAGAUUAGAAAUAUACUAUUCUCCAUUUUAAAGCUAAGCUUUCUGCCUUAGGUUAUUGAGUAGCGCAGCAAGGAAGAAAAACAAACCCAACAUCCUAAGAGCCUUAGAUAAUCCAACGUAGACAUAUAUCUCCUUGGUAUGACAUGUCACCAACUGCAUGUGUGUAUUCUGUUUCAUUGAUGUAUUCUUCGCACUUCAGCUUAUUAGGUGUCAGUGCCUUCGGUCAGAAGAACGCAAGACACAGUACUGCUGCGUGCAUGAUCGUGGUAUCUCAAAAGCAAAGACUUUUCUUUCACACCACUGUGGAAACUCAGCAGGCCGAGGGUAUGCAAGUUAUCACACUCAGUGAAGCGGCUGAGUGACUUGUUCACAACACAUAUUCUAGAACACAGCUGCAAAUAAUCUACAAGUAAAUCAUGGCAGUUGAUUCCUGAAGUGAAAUUCUUUGGUACAUAAUUUUUAUCUGUAGGCCUUCACUACAAUUAUUUGAUCAAAACUGACUCUGGUUGGUGAGUUUUGAUUGUUACAUUAAUCAAAUAGGACUUUUUUUUCUCAGUUCACUUCUACGCUGAAAAUCAAAUUUCUGGUGCCUAUGCUGUCAAUUUAAGAUUUCUUUUAAAAACUAAUUUGAGAAACUACAAGCAGGAAAGCAGACAUCUCAUGAAUCUCAGGCACAUCUGCAAAAAGUUUGUUCUGUUUCAGAGUAAAUGUUCACAGAAGUACUUUAGACAGAACCCCGGUUCCAUUUCCACCAACACAAGCUAUAGAGGAUGAUGCUUUCUAAAGCACUUUUGACUGGUGAGAGGGAUGUUUUAGUUUGCGCUAAGAGUGAACGUCAAACCACCUUUUCCAUAAGUUACCUACAUAACCGACUCUCUGAAAUAGUGUAUUUAAAGGGCAAAUAUUCAUAGGGAAUAAAUUAAUUCCCUAUCAUUGUGAGAGUUAAGUUGUCUGCUUUGGAGUCAGCAAUUCCUUGGCAUGUUAAAGGUGGCAACAGCUUUCCUAGUACGUGCCUUUUGGCAGCUUCAUAGCUAUUGGAGGCUAGUUUAAGUGCUCAGUCAUUGAUUUUUGUAUGUGGUCACUGGUGCCGUUGUGUUUACCAACUUGAGUAACCUGGAUGUCUGAGGGUGUGAGAGGUGUGGAAGUGGAAUAGGUAGCCUAGGGACCCUUUCAGCAAUCACUUUUUACCUGCAGAAAGUCUCAGUGGAAGCUGACAGUUUUUUAAAAAUAAAUAAAUAAAUAAAUAAAUAAAAAGACAAAAUGAACCACCAAUUAGUCCCAGAUGCACGUUAUGCUUGCAGCCCUUCCCUUACCCUGCUUGAACAGUAUACCCCUGCAGUCAGAUUCCUGGGGUGCCAGCGGAUACGUGUUUAUUGGCUCCAAUUAAGCAAUGCUGAUUAGCACAGCUAUCCAACCUGAUUGCUGUACGUUAGGAUGCCAAGAGGUCUGUAGCAGCAUAUUGCCUUGAAGGAUCUGUUCUCUGGAACUGGAAGAGAAAAGUCUCCACUUCUAGAGAACAAGUGCCAUCUUCAGCACAUAGAAGCAGAAUUGCCAUCAAACCCAAGCAUAAAAUAAGUGUGAAGCUAUGUACCUUCAAUCAAGGUUCACCUGAUCCACUUCCAUAUGCAGGAGAGAAGUCAGAUGUUCCCUUGUGCAAAUCAGAUGGGCUUAAAAACAGGAGGAAGAAGGCUGUGCUUUCCCCUUGGCUGAAAAUACAGACGGUUGCAGACAACCAAGAGCUUUUCACGGCUGUGUCUUAGUAAUGAAAAAGAGCCUGUCCUUCUGAUGCACAGCUGUGUGGGGUCCUGUCUUGACUUUGAGGACAGGCAGAAGUAGCGGUGUGCGCAGGCUGCCCGCACCGUGGGGCUCACCUUUUAAUCCACUGGUCUGCUCCUGGGCCUGGUGUCACUGGGACACGUGGGGGAUGUCACUGGCUAAGCUGGAAGCUGGCUCGGAUUUUUCAGUAGACAUGAGGCCGUGAAGGCAAAAUCAGAUGCAGUGGUUUCCAAUAGUUGUCUUUUGCAAGCGCUGCGCAGGUAAGUCCGUCAUUUAUACAAAUCAGUGUGAGAGUGGCUACUGUUAAAAAACACACAAGCUCAAAUGCUAAACCCAACUAAACAGAAUCUUCAAUUUGUAGAGAGCUUGCGUCAAAACAGGUUUGGUAGAGCUUGACAAGGCAACCUCAGCUUUGUGCCAGUAUGUCCCAUUUAUUUGUUCAAGGUGAGCUUGCUGGUGAUGAGUAACCAUGAGAAUAGCGUGUUGGCAGCCAAGCUUCCCAACUUCUGCACUCCAGAACAGAGGUACUAACAAAAUACAGGUGUUUCCCCAGCACAGCAGUCUGAGGCAGCUGUGCUCUGAGUCACUCUUUGGGACCUAAGCUGAGAUCAAGGCUAUAGGCAAUGCUUUCCAGUGCCAUGAUGGGACAGCCUGGAAGUGACCUUAAAAGCAUCACCUGAAAACGAACCAUAAAUAUGUUACGCUUGGAUUUCACUGGGCUACAGCUGGGCUGUGUCAUGAACCAUAUCAUGUAGAACAGGUACAAUCUUCCAGGCAAAACAUGAUCUGCCUCUUCCAACUCUAUGCUGAGUGUGUUCUCUUCAGUUAACCGUAUAGAAGUGAGACAUUUUAUGCCCAUGACUUGUUCUGCAUUUGAAUCUGUAAAUGAAACUUUCUACAUAAAGCCAUGUCUAGCAUCGGUAACUUAUUAAUCACACAGCCAAUGAUUUCUGUAUAUAACUUUGUAUUAGUAGGGACCUCAAAAAAAUUUCCAACUCGUUAUUAAUCAGCAUUUUAAUCUCAGAUCAGCACAGGGGGAUUUUCCCACCUGUUCUGUUUUUUGAAAUACUAUUAAUUGAUAAAUGUCUCUGCUUCCCAUCUAAUUAUGUAUUAUCUGAUGCCCGUGAAUUAUUUUUAUGGCUGGCUGAAAAGAUGGGCAGGAGAAUUCCUUGAGCUAUGCAAGCUCUCCCUUCAGAUCGGCUGCUCUGGGAGCACAGUCCCCAGAGAGGAGCAGACUGUGAGGAGGCCACUGCAGAAAGCUCUUGAAAACCUCACUCUUGGAGACUGAAUAGGAAAUCUCAUGGUAAGUGUGCAAAAUACAGAGUGCAAAAUAAAACUUGCUUAUCCUGCAAUGCGAUACCUCAACCCAGGAGAAUUGCCCGCUAGAACCAAUGACACUGUUCCCUGAACAGGGUCACAGGGCAGGCUGUGUUUUUUCCUUUGCCUGGGGGCCCUGAACUUGCAAGGAGCAGGGAACCUUUUGUGAGGUGCCGAGCAGCCCUGGGGUUGCGAAUCACUGUGCUCCGCUGCAGGGCUGGCCCAAGAGCUUUGCACGUUCAUCUCUGGCGAGAGGCUCAGCAGUUUGCAGGAGACUGAUGUCUUGUUUGGUGACCCAUUUUUCCUUGUAAAAACAGCCUUUUUAAAGGGUUUCUGUUGAAAGGUUAAUCUUUGUACAGACGAUGUCAAUUCAAAAAAAUUAAAAUUACCCCCCAAAAAAGAAAAGUUAUUUUGUAUAUGGAAAGAAACUUUAACAGAUGCUUUUAAUUUAUUUUAUAUCUGUGGCCGUCCUGUCCUCUUAAUGUUUUGUUCUUUAUCGCAGUGCUUUUUAAACAAUACAAUCUUCUCUGUUGUCGCAAAGAUGAAAUGCUAGGACCAUAGUCAAGUUCACGGGGACAGGUUGCAGCCACACUGUGAAGGGCAUGUUUCACUACUGAGGUAUAAGCUUGCCUGAUAUGUAUUUUUAUCCCUACAAUAAUGGGAAAGUUUCACUAGGAACUCUGGAGAAAAUAUAAAAUAAAAUCAC